AUGAAGGUGGUUCCGAUUGCACAAGAUAAAUGGGUUUCAUUACAUUCAUCAUUUGGGCUCAUUUGUUGGUGUGAUGAUGAAAAGCUUGCUGAUGAAUUUGAGGAGUUGAACGGCGGCGCGACGGGGGUGUGGGAGGAGAGGUGGUGGCUGCGGCGGUCUGGGGCAGGAGAGGUGGUGGCUGCGGCGGUCUGGGGCAGGGGAGGUGGUGACUGCGGCGAGAUGGGGUGUGGGAGGAGAGGUAGUGGCGGCGGUGGUGUGGGAGGAGAGGUGAUGGCGGCAGGGAAGAAGAGGGUGGUGGAGGAGAGGUGUGGAGGAGGGGGCUGGGAGAAGAGUUUAGGGUUUUGA